CUGCAGGGGGUGUUGCUGCAUCAUCAUUGCAGACUGCGCAGUGGUUUCGACUAUUUCGCAUGUUAAUUGUGCGCGACUGUCAAUAUCAGACAGACAUUCACGGUUCCGGCUUUACAGGGACGGGGCGAUUUUGAUAGCGAUUUGCCGCCGAGGGACUGGAGUUUGCGACUAUCAUCCCAUAUUGUCACUAUAGCUCUUUUCUGUACCUGUAUAAAAAGGAAUUCAAUUCCUUGAGGUUGUUAUAAUUCAGCACACCGCGAUUCUAUCUUUCUUUUCGAAUAGUAUAUCUUUAACUGUCAAGCAAAACCUCCGAGAUAAUCGAUAGCCCCGCUUGACAUCUUCACAUCCACGCCGAGGGGCAAACCAAAAAAAGUUACUACAACUACACUCUUGUCCAUUGAUCCUCAACACCUCAACAGUCAAUAUGCCUUCUUCGUCAUCUGACCCCGUUCUCCAAUUCGACCCGAUCGAAGACACUGUCGAAGCUUUCGAGAGAGGAGAGUUUAUCAUUGCGCUGGAUUCGCAAGACCGCGAGAAUGAAGGUGAUCUCAUCAUCGCUGCGGAAUCAGUCACCGAUGUCCAGAUGGCAUUCCUCGUCCGGUUCACAAGUGGCCUAAUCUGCGCCCCCAUCACCCCCGAAAUCGCCGACCGCCUCUCCCUCCCCCAAAUGGUCACCCACAACGCCGACCCCAAGGGUACCGCCUACACCAUAUCUAUCGACUCCAGCGACCCUUCCGUGACAACUGGCAUCUCUGCCCAGGAUCGCUCCCUCGCCUGUCGCACCCUCGCCUCCCCAACCGCCUGCUUCGAAGACUUCCGGCGCCCGGGCCACAUCAUCCCUCUGCGCGCGCGGCCCGGCGGCGUGCGCGAGCGGACGGGACACACCGAGGCUGCUGUUGACCUGUGCAGAUUGGCAGGGAAGAACCCUGUGGGUGUUAUUGCAGAGUUGGUUGAGGAUGGGGAGAUGGUUGAGGGGGUUGCUGAGAUGAGAGGGAGUAACGGGAUGAUGAGGAGGGAUGGGUGUUUGCGGUUUGGGAAGAAGUGGGGGAUCAAGGUGUGUACGAUUGAGGAUUUGGUGGAGUAUAUUGAGAGGACAGAGGGGAAAUUGGUUGCGCCUGUUAAUGGGAAGCAUUGAGUUGGGUUGAUGCUGCGCGUACUACAUGCCCUUCUCCUUGUGUGUCUGGUGCUUCGUGAUUAAAUAUCUCAUUUUAUUUCUGCUGGGUGUGUCUAUUUCAUGUUCAUUUCAUUUUAUCUUAGUUUUGGUUCGGAGUACCAUGCACUGAGGAAUACAUAGACGGCUAGCUAGAAUGUACAUGACA